CCAGUUGUAUGUUUAAUGAGCUUAUUCGCAAAAUUAAUCACUCAUCUUCAUCCGUUAUCUGAACAAUUGGAAUAUUUACUAAUAGAACGUGUUUUAAAUUGGUUAUGUCAAAAACAAUCGAAACCUUUUAACAUUAUAACAAAUACAAAUAAAUUCAAUGAACAAUUUCAAUGUUAUCAUCAUACAAGAUUUGAUGAUUUAAUGCAAAUGGCAUUUAGAAUUAUGCAUUUUUUAAUUAGAUUUGUAAAAUCAGAUUGUACAUUAAUUGAAAGUGUUGAUACAUUGUCAAAAUUUUUAUCUAUCAGUCAAUAG